AUGGCCACCUCCUUCCAACCUAACGUGCACUACACCUUUGGGUCACCCCUGUCUGCGAGCUCUAUCUUCGGCAGGCGCCAGGCCUCAAAUAUUCUGGAGCAAGAGAGUUAUUCUAACAGUAGCUUUCAAUCUGGAAGUUCCAGACAUGUGUCGAGAAGAGUCAGCAGCAGUGGUAACACUGCACUAGCUGAUGUGGUUAACACACUCACCCGACGGAGCAGCGAUGCAAUGAUAGCAUCUAAAAUCAACGAUGCCGACUACGAGACAUUGCUGAACUGGAUCCGAGCUGAACGUAUGGGGAAGCUACCUCCCGAGGGAAGCAGCUACGACAAGGCCCUGGUCUGGGCUGUUCUGUUCGUGGGACGUCUGCAUUCCUUCGAUUCAGCCAUUGGACACUUCGCUGGCGACAGCCACACAGCGGCUCAGCUGGCUUACGUGUACUGUGCUAAUCUACUGGAGCUCGGAGGGCAAAAUGCGUCCGCCCUUCAGGACCUCUUCGGGUUCUUCUACCGCUGCUCGACUGGACUCGGCAACUUAUUGGACCGAACAGAGCUCUUCGAUGUGUCCAAGGAUAUCAAGGACCAGCUGAUUUUGGCAUUGGCUGACCUUGUUACUCUGGUUGCUGGCGUUGCGAGUCACUUCAACCGCGCCUUGCAGAACUCCCAGACGGUGGAAAUUGACAUCUACCAUCAAUUUUCCGAGUCGCUCAGCAGCUUUCACAGUCGCUGCGAGACCGUCUCUGACCUGAUGUGGAGACACCAACUUGUCCGCGAGGGUCUAAACGGUGAUAAAGUGACCGAGAUAAAGACUAUCAGAAGCUGGCUUGAGCCAGAGGAUCCAGCUCUCACAAAUAUCACCGAGAACACUGCUCAUUUUGCUCAGGAGCGUGAAGAAUCAACCUGUCUCUGGGUGUCUCAGUACUUGACCAGAUUUCUCAAAAGCAACCAGCAAGUCCUUUCCUUCGUAGGAAAGCCGGGAUCUGGUAAAUCAAUCCUGUCAACGGUCAUCAACGACCAUUUACAGCAUCCGGUCGGAGGUGUUACCUACAAGCCAAUCUUUGCGCCAAUUAAUGGCCGGGUGGCUGCGAAUACUACACCGCGGGCUAUUGCGAAGACGAUCCUGUCCCAGCUGUUUGGCAAACGCAUCGGCAAUGUGAGGUUGUACCAGAUCUUAGCCGAUGCUUAUGAGCGGAGCCAGCGAACUGUCGACGAAGAUGCGUACGACAACAUUCUCUGGAAUGCCUUGGGCAAUUCACUCAAUGCCAGUCUCAAGAAUGCCAAAGAACUUGUUCUGGUCGUCGAUGGCGUUGACGAGGCUAGUUGUGGCGAAACACCUUUGCUAAGGAAGCUUCAAGAGGCUGUUCAGAACGCCGGUAACGUGAAACUGAUUGUCUUUGGCUCCCAGAAGCCGAGUCAAUUCCCAUCUCAAACUACGGUGAACGUCACUCCAGAGCUGGUCUUCGAUGAUAUUUCCGCCGUGGCACGUAAAAUCCUGCAACAGAGCCACGCUUUCAACUAUAUGUCCGAAGAUGACCAAGAGCUCAAUGUGACCCGGAUUGCAGAGGCAUCACAGGGCUCCUUCCUGUGGGCCAAGCUUGCUGCAAAGCGUGUUCGGGAUGAGCAUCCAACAAACGCAAAUUCUCUGACGAGGUCGAUCCAAAGUAUAGCCAACGCGGGAUACAGUGUUACCGAUCUGGUCUCCCAGUCUCUGCAUUCGAAAUUGAAUGAUGAUGGAAAGAAGAUCCUAACAUGGCUCGCAACUGCUGUUCGCCCACUCAGAAAGAGCGAAUUAACAUCUCUGGUAUCCAUUGAAUUAAACAAGGCCUCGUAUACCGAGCGAGAGAUUGAUAUCCAGCAUACCCUUAAGCCUGUUGCCUCGUUGGUGUUUAUCCAGAAUAACAUGGUCUUCCUCAGACAUGGACAGAUCCGCUCUGCCAUCCUGGACAUCUUUGCCAGGGAGAAGUUCCUUCCAGCCAUCAAGAACCGAAACAGCGAUUUGACGCAGAGGCUUCUGCUCUACACCAAACAAGCCGUGAAUGAGAGCCAUGACCCGUCUUUGAGUCCCUUGGAUGAGAAGGUUACUCAGACCUAUCUGGACAAGCACCCACUUCUGGAUUUCGCCCUUCGGUACUGGGUGAACCACGCCUGUCUGGCAUAUGGUUGCACCACUGACAAGGAAAUCGCUACAGCUGGAAAUGAACUAAGAUCAGUGAUUCCGACAUCUCCCACGGUUCCGUUGCUGGAGAUGACUGUAUGGGAGGGCAAGUCAACCCCAGCGCUGAAGUCACUGCACGAGACCCAGACGCGUCUCUACCGCCAGAUCCUGACUACCAAUCACCCCACCACCCUGCAAGCCAUCCUGUGCCAGGCCCUCUUCUAUCGACGCAUUCAUGAUAGCUUGCCUGCCCAAGUUAGUCAAAUAUUCUAUGAUGCGGCGGUGAUCAGUAAGGAUGUGCUGUCCGAAAGCCACCUCAUCACAAUGCAGAUGACCAAGUUCUACUUGGAAACCACUGCAGACCAGGUCGUCGAGUCUAAGACGGACGUCAUGAUUAAGCGUGUUCAGAUGCUCGAGCUGCUUGUGGAAUGUUACAAGAUCCAUUACGGAGCCACAAGCACCAUAGUGACAUCCACAUUGACCCAGCUAUCCCAGCACUACAUUUCCAUCAAGGAAGAAUACAAAGCCAAGGAAAUUGAAAAAUGGCUCCAAACCACGACAGAAAAGCAUCACACACAGAAUCACAGUACAACUCGGCAGGUCGACGGAUCGUUGCUGGUUCACAUCCGAGGUCGUGAAGACACUAACGACCAAGGCAAAACCCUCACUUGGGAGAACAUUGAAACAGACGAACUGAUCUCUUGGACUGUGGAUGUCGAAAGCCUUUUCAGUCGGGCGGAGAAGGCCGUGGCUGCGGGACAUUGGAGGGAGGCAGAAAGCCUCUAUGUUGAGCUCUGGCAGCACACCAGCAAGGAGUACCGGGCCAAUCGCUCUAGCGAAUGGGAGCUGAGAAAUGUGAGAGCAGUGAUAGCCUAUUCCAAGUUCCUCAAGUCUCAGACGCGAGAAUCUGAGGCAGCCUCCAUUCUUGAGGGCUUCUGGGAGGAGUAUGAGCAAACUACUUCAAGCUCAGAGGCAGUAGUGUCUCAUUUCCUUGAAGUCGCGCACCUCAUGAAAUCGGUUGGGCUGUCCCGAGUAGCUCUCAAUGUGUUCAAGCACAUCUCUCGGAACAGCACUCGGCAAAGCUCCACUUACCAAGAAGCCGAGCAAUACAUCCGGUCCACUAGUCGGGAAAUCAUGCAGAGCACUAGCUUCGAGUCGUUCCAGACUGAGUCCAGCCUCGAGGAGAUUGUGUACCAAUCUUCCAGUACCGAUGAAGUUACCGUCAAGGCUUCCAACAAGCUGCUAGAACUGUACUUGUCUCAGCACCGGUGGCAGGAUGCGACCAAGGUCUUGAAACGGCUUCUGCGUAGCGUUUGGCCGGCCUUGUUCGCCCCUUCUUUGGAUGACGUCGUCCUUCCCUCGACAAACCUAGAUAGGGCUAUCGAGCUAACGGAGCGCCUGAGCAACUGCUAUCGGUCCAGACGCUAUCAGCUUAAGGAAGAAGAUAUUCGUGUGCGUCUCUAUCGCGCUGUUCGGCGUGACCGACCUGCCGGUGAUAAGCUACUUGAGAGAGUGACGACUAGCCUGUUGCGUCUGUACGAACGUACCUAUCAAACAGAGAAGGUGAUCACUAUUCAUCAGGACAAGCUCCAGGACUACACUAAGCGUUAUGGUGGAAGUCACCCUACCGUUCUGAAGGAGUUGUGGACCUUGGCGGAGCUCACCCGUCCCCGGCCCGUGGCUGUUGACUAUUACCGCCAGAUAGUUUCUAUUCUGAACAAGGAUUCCGAGACAUGCCACCCAGAUGCAUUUGAGCCCUUACUUGUGGUUGCUACGGAGCUUUUGAAUCAAGGCCGGUACAGUGAUGCACUGAAGCCCUGCCGCGUGUUGUUCAACACGCUCCAAAACCCGAAGAUCAGCCCGAAGCUCCAGGACCAAGCCUUUGUGCAGACCAUUUAUGAACGCUAUGUCCACUGCCUGCGCAUGGUUCAGAGCGACACUGCUUCUAUUCAUGAUGUGACUGUCCAGUAUCGUAAGUCGUGCAUCAGUCUGUUUGGCUCCACCGCUACGAUUACCAUCCAAGCGACCAAGACACUGGCCCAUAUCUGCCAGGAAUCCAAGCAAUACGAACAUGAGGCAAUUCAGCUUUACAAGACGCUCCUUGAUACUAGGUCCACUGAGGUGGAAAUUGACUAUGAUGACAUUCGUGCCACACUGGACACUAUGACCGAAUCAGAGAAAGUCGAAGUCCAGAAGGAAUUCUCGUCCAUGACCGAGUCAGAAGUGCGGAACUGGGUGUCCGUCCGCACCCGCCACUUGUCUUCCAUCCGGUCCACACAGGGAUGGGCGCAUGAGGAGGCACUGUCUCAGAUGGAGGAGCUCACUUCCUUGUACACCAAGCGUGGGGAAACGCACCAGACUGUUUCGAUCUUACAGGAAGCGACCUCUCAAAUCCUGACUUCACAUACCUCUGCCACCCAGUUGACGGCGGCAGCAAAGAGCAUUGUAUCCGGCUACAUUGAGGCGGGUGAGAUUCACCGAGCCAAGGAAUUGAGUCAGGAGCUCUAUCGCCAGAUGAUCCUGAAGGACUCUUCCAACGUGUCUCUCUUCGGCUUCGACAUCACUUCCAGUAAACGAGAGAACCUGGCCUUCUUGGCCCAGGUCGAGUACAGCCUCCGCGUCCGCGAAGAUUCCACUGUCACUCUGAAUGAGAUUUACUCUACGCUUACCAUGGAGUAUCUGUUCAUGGAGCGCUUCCAGUCCGAAAUUAGCUCCAAGAGCACUAGCCUGCAGACGUUGACUGCCACCGUCCCCCGUUUGUACGGAUUCUUGGUGUCUCGGCACCGUCAGUCCGCUGCCAACCGUGUUAUCGAACAGUUCUCCAACUACUUCCUCAACACCGAGGGUAGCAGCCUGAAGCUGAGCAUCCAUCAGGCUAGAGUUUUCACCGAGACAAUCUUGGAAUAUUUCAGUACCCACAAGUCGCGGGAUCUUGUCCGCUCCGUUGCCAUCGCGUCCUACAACCGGACCACGCAGUUGCUGGCAUCAGGCAAUUACCAGGCAGCAUGCGACCUGGCCUUGACCGCAUUCCGCUAUAUCUGGUCCCACCAAGGCUACUCCUCGGAAUCGACGCUUAAGCUGGUGUUCAAGCUUGGCUUGGUCAUUGCCGGUCGCGAUCUCAAGGGAGAACCCCCAGCCUCCACGCGCAAGGAAAUGCUCAACGUGUCAGGCACCAUCAUGCGCGACACGCUGGAUUACUUCCAGAGCCACAACAUUGAUAUGGCACAGCUGGAUCUUGUGAACCUGGAGAGCUUGAUUGGCGUGCUCGAUGAGCAGCAUGACUACCACACCUUGGCCUGGAUUCUCACCUCACUCUGGAAUUCCCGGGAUACCCACGAGAUCUGGAAUGCCGAGAACGACCAGGAGGUUUCUCAGCAACAAUUCCAGUACACUUUGGCUCUUGGUCGCUGGCUGGUCAUUACUCGUUACCUCAUUGGCGACUACACGGCUGCCAUCCGUUUGGCCGAGGACAUCGUCUACAAUUGUGCGCGGGUUCAGGGACCGCGUCACUCCAGCACAGUGGAGAUGACAGUCCUGCUUUCCCAGAUGUACACCAGCGUGGCCCAGGGAUACCAGAACCAGAAGGACCGUCGCGAGUUGGCCUACCGUUACUACAAGAAGGCCGCGGCGGUGCACGAGAAUGCGCUGCGCUACUUCAUCGAUCCGACCUCGGUGUCCGCGUCGGAGAUGGAGGGAGGCGUCCUCUCGGGACUCUCCUCGCCCGCUUCCAGCCCUGGAGUCGGUGCAGACGAGGAAGGCAAGUAUGUGCGGAAGCACCUGCACCUGCUGAAGCUUGCAGUUGAGCGCCUGGGUGACUGGCCGAAGGAGUACUCCGAGUACGAGCGCCUCAACAGUGACUUGUUCCGGACCUACUCCAACGACUUGAAGGGCGUUGACGGAAUCGACAAAUGGAACCUUAAGCGGUUCGGUUCCGGUCGUGCUGAGGCUAGUGAUGACCUUCUCUCGACUGGCAUCGAGAACCAGGGAGUCGGCUUCUACGAGCGCUUGGCUAUUGCUGUCUAA